AUGGCUUUUUCUCACAACUUGGAGGUGGAAUCCUCAUCUCCCCCUCUCGUGUUCCCGGUGCGGAGGAGCGAACCGGAGCUGGUGGCUCCGGCCAAGCCCACUCCCCGCGAAAUCAAACUCCUAUCAGACAUAGACACCCAAGCAGGCCUCCGGGCCCAAAUUCCAAUCAUACAGUUCUACCGUAACGACCCAUCAAUGGCAGAGAAGGACCCGGUUGCAGCCAUUAGACACGCUCUCGCUGAAACCCUAGUUUUCUACUACCCAUUCGCUGGGAGGAUUAAGGAUGGUUCUGAUGGGAGCCUGGUGGUAGAUUGUAACGAGGAGGGUGUGUUGUUCAUCGAGGCCGACGCUGAUGUCACUCUCGACCAAUUCGGCGACGCUCUUAAACCCCCGUUCCCGUGCUUCCAGGAACUCCUUUACCAGCCUCCUGGUUCGGAAGCGGUCACUCAUACACCCAUUUUUAUUAUACAGGUGACGCGUUUGAGGUGCGGUGGUUUCAUCUUCGCGCUUCGUUUCAACCACACCAUAAUCGACGGAGUUGGCCUCAUUCAUUUCACAAUUACCAUGGCAGGGAUAGCUCGGGGAGUCUUGCAAGAACCUCCAUUCAAACCCGUGUGGUGCAGGGACCUUCUCAACGCCAGGGACCCUCCACGUGUCACAUUCAACCAUCGCGAGUACGAACAACUCACUGACUCCAACGACGCCGUGCCACCCGACUUCGAUCAGCGCUCCUUCUUCUUCGGCCCCGCCGAAACCGCUGCCAUCCGCGACCUCCUCCCCCGCGACCUCGGCCAGCAGGCCACAACCUUCGAGGUGCUGACGUCAUACAUCUGGCGCUGCCGCACGAGAGCACUUCAGAUCGAUCCGAAGGAGGACGUCAGAAUGAUGUGUAUCGUCGACGCGCGCGACAAGUUCGAGCCUUCACUCCCAGAGGGGUACUACGGCAGCUGCUUCGCGUUCCCGGCGGCUGUGGCCGCGGCAGGAAAGCUUUGCUCGGAGCCGCUGGAGUACGCGGUGAGGCUGAUACGGAAGGCGAGGGGCGAGGUGAGCGAGGAGUAUAUUCACUCGGUGCCGGAUCUGAUGGGAUUUGGAUUUCGGGUGGGGGAAGGCGCUGGAGGAAUGGCUAUUGCUGGCGCCGGGGCGUUUCCUGCAGUGAACUUUCAUGUGCCGAGUCAAAACGCGAAGGGAGAGGAAGGGAUUCUGGUUUUGGUUUGCUUGCCUUCACCAGUUAUGAAAGCCUUUGCCAAAGAGUUGGACGACAAUUUGGUUGAGACCAACAAAACUGUUUAG